AUGGCGUUGGCGGAGCGUCGGGACCGGAGCAAGUACAAGUAUGGCAGCGACCCGCGCGGUGCGACGUGGUCGAAUGACCAAUCCAAGUUUGGAUACAAGUACUUGCAGCGCAUGGGCUGGUCCGAUGGCCAAGGUUUAGGUCGGGAUCAGAACGGCAUUACCAAGCACGUCUCGGUUCGCAAGAAAAACAACUCGCUCGGCAUUGGUGCCGAUGCCAAUACAGACUACAAUUGGCUCGCCACUCAAGACGCCUUCUCCGAAGUCCUGGCCGGUCUGAACGACGAAAUUUCGGGCAAGAAGACGGUUGAUGAACAACAAGAUGAGCCAAAGGGCUCGCAGCGUCAAAAAUAUGUCAACCGCCGCGCCCGAGCACUGUAUGGGCGUUUUCAAAAGAGCAAGGACCUUUCCAAGUAUUCGUCAGAAGAUCUGCAGUGCAUUUUUGGCGAGCAGGAGCGCCGCCCAGAUCGCUUUAAGGAAGAGCCCUCUUCCGCCAAAGAAGAAGGCGAUACCACCCCCGACGUGGAUACCGACACUGGCGUCAAAACCUUGACGCAAGCCGUCAGCAUUGGUGACUACUUUGCUGCCAAACUUGCUGGUCCUUUGAUGGCUUACCUUGGACUUUUCGUCAUGGCUCGUCAUUGCGCAGCCAAGCGUCUGGCUGCUGCCGGUGGAGCCCCUGCGUCGGCCAGCGCGGUCACGCCAGACUCCGAGGCCAACAGCCCCUUUCCCGCCUCCGACGCCAGUGAAAGCAGUGAGGCCGCUCAAGGUCAAGAAGAGGAGCAGCCCAAGAAGAAAAAGGCCAAAAAGUCCAAGAAGGAGUCCAAGAAGGAGUCCAAGAAGGAGUCCAAGAAGGAGUCCAAGAAGGAGUCCAAAAAGAGCAAAAAGAACAAGCGUGCCAAGGCGGAUAGCGACGAGGACGACUCUGAGACAGCUGAAAAGGCCGCCAAGCGCGUCAAGGCCGCUGAUGACCAACCAGACGCCAAGAAAAAGAGCAAGAAAUCGAAAAAGGACAAGUCUAUGAAGAAGAAAAAGUCCAAGGCCUAG